AUGAAGGAGGAGAAAACACCAAAAAUUUCAGUAUGGGACUUGCCGGAUGUCCCUAAAGGAAAGCUGCCGGCGCACCUCGAGCUCCAAAGAACUCGAGUCAUCUGUACUCCAGAUGCCGCCACUAAUACAGAGAAUAUACGGUACUCCGGUGCCUAUGCUUCGAUGGGAGUGGAUAAUAGCUUGCGGUUGGGACAUUUUCGUGAUAAUUUCAGAGUGGAAGUUGUUAGACUUACUGAGGAUGACAUGGAGUUCGACAUGAUUGGGAUUGAUGCUUCUCUCGCAAAUGCUUUCCGCAGAAUCCUCAUAGCUGAGCUUCCCACUAUGGCUAUUGAAAAGGUUUUGAUUGCAAACAACACAUCAGUUAUCCAAGAUGAGGUUCUUGCCCAUAGACUGGGUCUCAUUCCGCUUAAAGUUGACCCGAGGAUGUUUGAAUAUAUGUCAGAAAAUGAUGUACCGAAUGAAAAGAACACCAUUGUAUUCAAGCUUCAUAGUCGUUGUGAAAGGGGCAGUUCACGGAUUCAAGUAUUGUCCAAUGAACUACAGUGGCUACCUAGAGGCAGUGAGCUCACCCUGAGCACAGAAAAGCCAGACGUGGAUCCAACUUCAAGGCCCAGAACUUAUACUUCAUUCAAUUGUAGCCAAGACUCUCUACCAGAAUUUUCUAAUAACCCAAUUGGCCCCAAGCAUGAUGAUAUUAUUAUAGCUAAACUGGGACCUGGACAGGAAAUUGAGUUGGAAGCUCAUGCUGUAAAAGGAAUGGGUAAGACACAUGCGAAGUGGUCCCCUGUUGCAACUGCAUGGUAUAGGAUGCUUCCUGAGGUCGUGUUGUUGCAAGAAAUAGAAGAUGAAAUAGCAGAAGAACUUGUAAAGAAAUGUCCCGUUAAAGUAUUUGACAUUGAAGAUAUUGGUAAAGGUAGAAAGAGAGCAACAGUGGCACGACCUCGGUCUUGUACCCUUUGUAGGGAAUGCAUCCGAGCAGAUGGAAAAGAGAAGGAAAUAGAGCAAAGGAUUUAUUGGGAUAAAUAUGUUGCAUUGCGACGUGUGAAAGAUCAUUUCAUCUUUACUAUAGAGUCUACCGGAGCAUUACCUCCUGAGAUGCUGUUCACCGAAGCUGUGAAGAUUUUGGAAGACAAGUGUGAGCGAGUGAUAACCGAGCUCUCCAAGAAAAAUGAAAACCCUAAAGUUCCGAUCUUUGUGACUUCAGGUACCUGCGAGCUGUAUAUGGGAUUGGAGGCAAUAAUGUUCGAUUUUGAUGCUGGAAUGUGUCAAAUAUUGAAGCUGGGCAAUGAGUAA